AUGUUUGUGGAAGGCAGUGAGCCUGGGAAAGCAGAUGUCUACUCAAUCUGCGGGGCAGCACACUCUGCCGUCCGUACUCUCGCGAGAUCCCAGGAGCUGUUGGUUGCAGAAGGCACACUGGCCUUCACCAUCUUCCUGUACUUCUUCACUGCAGUGUCUGCGCUGUCCUAUGCAGUUUGUCAGCGACGUCGUCGGGUGGAGCUCGACACGCGCGAGGCCACGAUGAAGGACUUCUCACUGAUUCUCACAGGCUUUCCGGCCGAGGAGGGAAACGAGGUGGAGAAGAACCGGGCCAACUUUGUUCGCAGGGCCACCGGGUGCCAGCCUGUCGGAGUUUCCGUUUGCUGGACGUACAACAACCCCGAGGUUCAAGACUUGAUCGCUCGGGAGACAUGGCUAUGGGGCAAGGGUCGAGACAGUUGUGGUCCCAUGAAAUCCACCAGCACAAUGAUGGAUGAUGGAAACUCCUCAGGGCGUAGCAAUUUCCGCUGCAUCUUCGAAAAGUUGAACCAGCUGUUGGCUCCACCAUUGCAACUCGAGGAUGCGGAACUCGGCAAGGCCAGGCGGCAUGAAGAACGUGCUGCUGCUGUUGCCAGGGAUGCCGUGUCCACGAGUUUUAUGUACGCGAUCUUCGGCACAGAGCACUCCCUGCUUUUUGUUUCUGCCCUCGGAGAGAAGCCCUGUCGUGUCCGAUCCCGCCAGGACCAUGCCAAGAAGGUCUUCUCCAGUGACUCCGAAGUGCCCCUUUACAUGGGGCGACACCCCAUCCGGAAUUUCCAGUGCGACAUCAAGGUGGUGCCAUACAAAGUGAUGGCUUCGAUCGCGGGUAUAGCCGUCUCAAUAUUGUUUUGGGGCGGCGUCCUGAGAGAUUCUCGCUGCACUUUGUCGCAUGGCCUCAUGGCCUUCAGCUGUCCCAGCGCGUUCGGCCUGUGGCAUUGCGAGGCAUGGUCUUACUCUGCGCUGGGCCAGGGACUUCUCAGCCAGCCGACCGACUUUGCAUCGGAGACAACUUUCAGCCUGCUGGUAGUGGCCGCAGCCUUGCGCAGUUCCGACCGGGUCGGCAACCAGCUCCUGUACGUGCUUUGUGACAAAGCCUCCAAGCAUAUCGGCUUUCGUUUCGCCAGUCAGGAGCUGGCUGCCUACACGGGUCUUUACACGAUGGCUUUGCUGUCCAACAUGUUCAUCGACAUGUGGAUCCUGUGGUACACGACGACCACAGCGACGGAGAAUCUAGGCCUCGAGGUGACAUGGCGCUCGUUCCUCCUAAAUCAGGAAGAGCGAGUGAGUUUUCCACUUCGGGCCAAGUUGGGCGAACGCCUUUAUGCCUACAACUUUCCCUCUUGCUUCCUGCUGCCUUUCUUGCCCGGAUCUCUGUUCACGGUAAUCCUGCCCUACCACGUGUACAGUAAGCUGGUGGGAUCGCAGCCAAUCAGUCAACGAGGCGCAGAUGCCUGCCUCCUGCCGAUUACUUUCGACAUGGCACGCUACGCAGACGUGGUCCUCAACAUGACCCAAGCUACGGUGUCGCUUUUCUUCUCUCCAGGCUAUGUGUGGCCUACAUUCAUCUUCUUGUUCUUGAGCCACCUCUUUGUCUAUGCAUGGGAUCAUUACCGAGUGCUGCGGCAUGUGCGACAAUUCCGUUUUUCCUCGUAUCGAACAGAGAAGGUGGCGCAGCGGCUUCUGGCAGUGCCCGGGGCAAGUCUGGCGGCCUGCGUGAUGUUCCAGCUGUACCAGGUACAAGCUGUUCGACCCACAACAAAGUUUGCGGCCGUGGUCACCCUCUCAGCCCCUGCCCUGCUCCAUAUCGCUCUCUACAUGCUAGUCCUGGAGUAUGCCGUGCCAUGGCUGGGUCGCACGGCGCAUGUGCCUGCGAUGCAGCGCUACAGCGAGGUGGCAAAGAUCUUCCCCGGGAACUUCUUCAACAUGAAUCCUGUUCACUGUUUGCGGUCGAGGUACCUUCAUAAUCAUCAGCCCCCGUGCAUCUUCUACCAGAUCGGCAAGGAACAUCUCCUGGAGCCCAAUCCCAAGCUGGGAUUGUUCUACAGCGCUCCGGAGUGGAACAACGAGAAGACCUCCACGUUUCUGGAACUGGCACAGCCGCUGAUCCCAGACCGGCGCGGCAUGGCGCACCGGACACCACCCAGAGGCAGCUUCAGAGGCAUCGCCCGCUUGCAAAGGUUCGCCCGAAAAUCGCUGGGCGGAGCUUUGGUGCGGGACUUUGACCAAGCAGGACCAAGCUCAAAUCGAGUGCUGGGGCCGUUCAUGCUUACUGAGGCCAUGGCACACCCACGCUUCGUCUGGGGCCUCGAAACGGAGUGA